AUGGAGAACUUUUUAGUGGUGGAGUUGUCAGACAGUACGGCCCACACCAUAACGGAUGCGUAUGCAGGGAAGGAGUACAUUAUCCAGGUGGCGGCUAAGGACAUGGAGAUCGGCACCUGGAGUGACUGGAGCGUCGCGGUGCARGCCACCCCCUGGAUGGACGAACCCAAACAGAUCACCUCCACCACUGAGCAGGAGCCCCUCCUCGACACUACCCCUUCCCCAGCCCCUCCCUCAGCAGAGCCCCAUCGGGCGGGCGUCCCAGUGGAUGAUGCUUCCUCAACUCUCCUCUCACCCCUCCUCUGGUUCUCCUGCUGUCUGCUGCUAGGGGCCCUCAUGUGAUGUAAAUGUUUAAUUACUGUGGAAGAAAUUAAGGAGAGUCUUCUAUUUCUCUGCACAUGUUAAUGGACAUCCUACAUUGAUCAUUUAAUUCAAGUUUCACACAACGUUAAGUAGAAAAUAAAGAGAGAUUAUGAAGUCAAAGUUAAAAAGAUUUAAAAAAAAUUAAAAAAAUAAGAAAACAUCAACAACAACAACAACAACAGCAACAACAACGACAAUAAUAAGAGAAACACCAACAACAGGUACUAACAGACAACAAAGCUACAGAGCUACAGAUAUCAUUGAUUGAUUGAUUACCACGGACUCCAACACAGAAACAGGACUGUCUCCAGGGAAGCUUCGUGGAUCUGAGACUGAUGAGACUUCUGCUGGGCAGCACAACAGACUGAUUUCAUUCUCCAUCUUUUAUUUUGGUUUUAAUUGAUUUUGUAAACAAUUGUAUUCAUUAUCCAGUGAUAUUUGAGACACUUGUAAAGAUCCCAAGAUCCUUUCUUUGACAUACAGCUAACUCGUCAUGCCAAAGACUUGUCUUGGAGAAGUUUUCCCACAAUCCUUAGCUUCCUGAAGCSUGUGCCUGUGUAGAAAGGAUGGAACUCGGAGGAUUUGGUAACUCCAGGAAUCUYCAUCUGACCGACUGACAAGAAAUUUUCACAACAAAACAGAGAACUAACUAACCCUUUGGAGAAAUCCUGAAUAAGCCUUCUUUACCUGUUAUUGGUUUGUUUUGCUUCUGCUUCACUCAGCGAUCACCAAGAGAGUUUAGCUGUAAAAACACUAUGGGUUUUUCUAUUGAGGAAAUACAGUAGAGAUCCAUKUUUUGGGACCUCAGAGCUCUCAAACAAGGCUCCAUACAUUAGGCCGUCAGUCCUCCAGAGGAA